AUGCAAGAGGAGGAAAAUUUGGAAGAUCCCUCUGUGGAGGAGGAAUAUGAACCUAGAAAGGGAGUUUGUGAGUGUAUGUGCAUUCCUCUGCAUUGGUUCAGCAUGCUAUCAAGGGAAACACAUUGGAGCUUUGUGUUUGGAGUGAUAAUUGUUUAUGGUGUAAGUCAGGGACUUGGUGGAGCUCUUUCUGCCGUUGGCACCAAGUAUUACAUGAAAGAUAUUCAAAAAGUGCAACCAUCAGAAGCACAGGUUUGUGCAGGAAUCACGUACAUUCCUUGGAUUGUUAAGCCUCUUUGGGGUCUUCUCACUGAUGUUCUCCCUGUAUAUGGAUAUCGCAGGAGACCUUAUUUUGUUUUUUCUGGUUUCUUAGGAGUGAUUGGCAUGUUAUUGUUAUCCUUGCACGAAGAUCUGCAUCUUGUGUUGGCCCUUUUGUCAUUGACAGCUGGAAGUGCUGGGGUGGCUAUAGCUGACGUUACCAUUGAUGCCUGUGUGGCACAAAACAGCAUCUCUCAUCCUUCACUCGCUGCUGACAUGCAAAGUUUAUGUGCCUUCAGUAGUUCUGUUGGAGCAUUAUUAGGGUUCUCCAUUAGUGGUAUCUUUGUUCACCUUAUAGGCCCUAUGGGGGUGUUUGGUUUGAUGACAAUCCCAGCUGGACUUGUAGUUUUGGUUGGAUUUCUGCUUGAUGAGCCUCAUGUGCCUAAUUUUGCUUACAAACAGGUGAACCAAAAGUUUGUUGAUGCUACCAAGGCUAUGUGGACCACAUUGAAGAGUGCAGAAGUAUGGAGGCCUUGUUUAUACAUGUAUUUAUCCAUUGCGUUGAGUUUGAAUAUUCUUGAAGGAAUGUUCUAUUGGUAUACAGACUCAAAGACUGGCCUAUCUUUCUCUCAGGAGAAGGUCGGUUUUAUGUUUUCAAUUGGUUCAGUUGGCUCCCUUUUUGGUGCAAUACUAUAUCAGUAUGCUUUAAAGGAUUACACAUUCAGAGACUUGCUCUUCUGGACUCAGUUACUUUAUGGUGUGUCAGGCAUGCUGGAUCUGAUUAUGGUCAUACGUUUGAACCUUAAGUUUGGUAUACCGGAUUAUGUGUUUGUUAUGGUUGUUGAAAGUGUAGCUCAAAUGACUAAUAGACUCAAGUGGAUGCCUAUGCUUGUACUCAGCUCAAAACUUUGCCCCUCAGGUAUUGAAGGUACUUUUUUUGCAUUACUAAUGUCAAUUGAAAAUGCUGGAGUUCUCUCAGCAUCAUGGGGGGGAGGCUUUUUACUUCACAUGCUAAGGAUUACCAGAACCAAGUUUGAUAAUCUUUGGUUAGCCAUUUUGAUCAGGAAUAUUUUAAGGAUCACUCCACUUAGCCUGUUGUUUUUGGUACCUAAAACUGAUCCAAACUCUUCCAUUCUUGCAAGUGAGAACUUGACUUCACAAGUGGCUAUUAACACUUCAGAAACUGAGAAUAUUGAAUUGGUCUCCCUUGUGAACAAUGUUGAUAGUAACUAG